AUGCAGAGUUCCAAUAACAUUGCCCAUGCCAGGAGGGCAGUCCAGCAGCUGAGAAUAGAAGCCAGCAUUGAGAGAAUUAAGGUGUCCAAGGCCUCAGCAGACCUGAUGCACUACUGUGGAGAACAGGGUAAAUAUGACCCUCUACUCAUGGGUAUCCCAGCCUCUGAAAACCCCUUCAAAGACAAGAAGCCAUGCACUAUAUUAUAG